UCAGCCUCAAUCCCGUCUACAGGUCAUCAAGGCAACCAACAUUCAGUCAUUCACUCAUAGCCUUCAGCCUGAAACUCUUCCUCUCUCCCUUGCCUUACUUCCCAACAUCCACAACCUCUCACAUUCUUUUCAUCAUCCUCAUCUCUCUUCCCAUGCAACUCGACUCUCAUCGUCGCCAAUUCAGCAUCACCAUGCCUUGCCGUUGGUCUCGCCGCUGUAGAGCAGCAGGUGACGAUGUCCCAGCUACCCUCCCUUCCCCCACCUCGGCCCCGGACGUCGAAGACUGGAAAAAGAUCCGUAAAUACCACUUGAGAAACAUGAGGAAGCAGGUCCGGCAGGUCAUACUCUUGAUGGCGUUGAUGGAGGCUAUCCGCGUUGGACCCCUGCAGCUGGUCUACGCCGGUACACAUGGCUUUCCUGCGAACGGUGCCGAUGACUUUGGUAUUGCACACGCCGUUGGCUACUUCGUGAGCUGGCUGUACAUGUGCGCCUUUACCAUCGUCUUCGUUCCCUUCUUCAGCUGGUGGCUCCCUAACAUGGGCUCGGAUGAUCCGGAGAACCCCUCGACCGCCGACAACUUCGUCAAAGUCUUGACCAAGAUCAACCUUGUCCUCCUGCCCAUGUCCGCGGGAAUCAGCCUCAUCACCUACGCGUACCACGCCGUCUCCGCCUUCAUCUACGUCGACUCUCGUACCCGUGACAGCAAGAGAUUCCCCAAGAACACCCGCAAGAAUUGGCUCGUCCGUUUCUUCAUGCUCCUGGGCAUUGCCAUGGCCACCGCCGGUGGUUACGGUGCCUUCAACAUCCUCGCUGCGUGGGACCUCGCCCACGUCAAGCCGAUCGAGUACGCCGUCAUUGUGGUCCCGGUCCAGAUCAACCUGGGCAUGCUCUUUGGUACCGUUGCACAGUUCAAGAUGGAGAAGAGAAUGGCCAGGAAGGAGGCAAUGAAGCUCGAGAGUGCCCGGCAAGAGGCAGCAAGCGUCGAUGAGAAGGCCAGUCUGUUGCAGGUUUAGAGCGCUGUUUGAGAGAUGCCUGGGUAGUAUCGAAAAGUCCCCGGCGUGGCCUAGCCGGUCGGUCGGGAGAAGGAUCUCUCUAGGUGGGGAGACCAAUUGCUACCUGAAGGGCGAGAAUGUUAUGGGAGUUGAACGGCGCUGUCGUUGGCAAUAUCCACACGGCCGAUCAUUGUAUCCAUGCAAACUCUUUUAGUAUCGACACAAUACCAACAGUGACAGAGUCAAAAUACCUUCUUGGGGUUCGUUUUGCGCCUUCGGGGCAUGCGUGGUUUCUUGUUUUCAUCUCUAUUGAUACCCUAUUACUUAAACCCUAAUUGUGUCAAGGACUUAAGGGGCCCCCUUUGCCCACACAACCCUUCGCCCUUUAGAGGUUCGUCGACAACUUCGAAAUUGGCUAGAGUCAAUCUUGAUCUUACACCAGAGACAAAAAGGCGAGAAGAUUACCUAGGUUGACACAUAGGUAUGGGAGGGAGUUUGAUGGUACCUAGGCAGGGAUUGAAGAUCUUCGACGUUGUGACUUGGCCGGUUGUUUAGUAGGGAAGAAGGAACCUCCUUCGCUCUCUCCCUCCCCAACCUUUUGUUUGGGAGAAAUGCGUGUUUAUGAGCAUUGAUUGACACGGAGUGAAAGACUCUCUAAUGAAAAAGUAUCUCUAGUCUAUUACCAAGUCACCACCACUAGCAGAAGUCGUUCCUUUUUUUUGGGGGUUGGCCAUCACUCUUUUGAGGGAAACUUGAAGAAUCGUGUUCAGCCUCGGCCUCAGCCCAAGCCUUAGUGCAAGACAAGAGUGUCAUUACCAAGGUCCUCGGCCGCGUAAAGGUUACCAAUGACGGUACCAUCGGCUCCCAUGAUGUUC